GCAGGUGAAGCUGACGCCCGUGGCGGUAGAGCUCCGAUGUCCUUUGCGGGGGGACCGCAAGGUGGCGGACCAGGAGAGGGCGAAGCUGAUGAGGCCUGCCUUGCCGCCCCAGCGAAAAAAGGAGCCUCCAGUGCCUGUGCUGACGGACUUGGUGCGUCUCCUGCGGCUGCGGGCGGCCCAGCGCGCCGCGUGGCUCCGCGCGGCCGGCGCCGCCGCGCGGCGCCGGGGUGGGCGCCGCGGCCGGCGGCGCCCUGCGCGCGGCACGUGGCGCCCUGGGCGCGGCAUGCGGCGCCCUGGGCGCGGCGCGGGGGGGCGCUGUUCCAGGCCGUGGAGAGCCUGGCAGACACACCAUACCUAGAGGACGUGCCCAAGCGCAGGAAGAUGAUGCAGGAGUAUCAGCAGCGCUUGGAGAUUUCGAGGGAGUCGGAGCCAACAGCAGAGAUGACGAGAUACUACCGAGAGAACUGGGCGCGGGGGCCGGAGCCAGACUCCGACGAGGAGCAGGAGUACUACCACCUGCAAAGCUUGUGGCCCGCCCUCCGGCGCUUUGGAGGUCCGCCCAGGCGCCGGCAGAGCUGGCUGGUGGAGGACGCCGGGCACAGCAACCGGCGGCUGAGUCUGCCGGCGCUCCAGCGGGAGGAGCUCCUGUGCUCGAUGAUCCAGCUGGCGCCCAAAGAGUUGCAGGACUCCCACUGGCACUGCUUCUUGGCCCGACUCUUGCUGUGCACCCACAACGACGCCCAACUGUUUGCGCAGGUCCAGCUGCCGUACCUCAGCAGCUGCGCGCGGAAGAUGGCCCGGCAGGUCUGCGAGUUCCUGCAGAGGAAGAAGCCGCCGGUGGUGGAGGGCCCGGGCCGGGAGCCGCUCAGCGCCUUCCUCGGGGUGCUGCGCGCGGCGCCGCGGAUCUGGCGAGACCUCCACGCCGUGCCGCUGAGCAGCGCGCACAGGUGGAGCUUGCUGCAGACCUCCGUGGGAAAGGCGCUGAGCGGGCCCCUCAGCGCGAGCAGUGACUCCGUGCUGGCUGGCUUGCUGGCCGCCUACGGCCAGCUGCAUGAGCCAACAGGUGCUCCGGUGGCGGACGGCUCCGGCGUGCACGUGGAGCUGUCGGAGGAGAGCCGAAGCUUUCUGCAGCGCUUGGUGGGCGAGGGCUCCGAUGCGGAUUUGUUGCGUGGCCUCCAGAAGAAGGUGCUGGGCACCGGAAGCAAGAAAAGGAGGCUGGCGCCGUCCGCGUGCUUUCUGCAGGAGGGGGAGGCGAGCUUUGGAAGUCUAGCAGCGGCGGUGGCAGAGUACCCAGCCUGGAGCGAGGCGCUCAAAGCGGCCGCUUCGGCGGAAGCUGCGGCCAGCCAGCCGAAGAGAAAGAAGGAGGCGAAGAAGGAGGCGAAGAAGGAGGCCUCGCAGGCCUCCCAAGGCUCCCAGCCGGGCGCGGGCGGACCGCUGCCGGGGGUCUUGGCCGAGAUCGCGGCGCAGGGGACGCCCAAGGAGGCGCAGUUCUGCGAGCGCCUGGCGGCGCUGCUGGCGCAGAUCCCGGCCUCGGAGGCGGCGGCGCUGGGCGCGGCCUAUCGCAGCCGCAGGGACCGCCUGGGCCAACAGCUGACGCCGGGGGAGGAAGAAGCGCUCCGCACCAAGCUGAGGGGACUCUACAUCCCGUACAACAUCUCGGCCCAUUCGCUGCUUGAGGUGGAGGAGUUGCCAGAACCCGAGUGGAUUCCGAUCCAGGACCCCGGGGCUGCAUCGGCCCCGCCUUCAGCGCCGGUCGCCGACGCGGCGAACGAAGCGGCGCCGAUCCAAGGGUAGAGCGGGGAGAGCGCGCGGAGAGCGGGCGCCAAAGCGCGCCUUUCGCUUUGGCCAAAGUCGCCGGCGUUUCGGUGUCUCAGGACAUCAGAUUGGUUCCCCCAUGGUGAGCCCGCCGUGAAUGGG